CCCGUUCUCGCCCCCUCAGGAGAAGGGAGCCCCCGGCCGUGCUCAUGGUGGUGCAUGGGAAAGCUGAGGCUGCGAGAGGAGCCGUCUCCGGUCCCGGCGCUGCUCGUACGGCUCGUUCACGGGUCGGCAGCUCCUGGCUGCCCUCCCCGGUGCGGCCGGGGCUGUGCGGCCCUGGCUCAGCCGGACACUGACAGCAGCUGGGACGGGACUGGGACAGUGCGAGCUCCAGCCCCGAUCAGGCCUCCUAGAAGAGCUGCAAGUACUGUCCUGUGGAGAACUCACUGACUGCUCAGCUGGUGCUUAGCCAGGGACUUGUGGUAGCACCAGGUGAAUCUCAGCGCUGACAGAUCAGUAGGUGGCAACAAGGAACGCAUGUGGAAGCCAGAAACUUCGCCACAAUGAGAUGCCUCACCCAUCCACUGCUCAGGAGGUUGUUGAGCCUCCCUCCUCAGUGUGUGCCAGAGCGAGGGACUCUGAGUAAAGGUGCUGUCCUCAGUCCAAAGCAUUUGUUUCUGAGGCAGAGUUGCAGUGCAGGACCUGGGCUCGUGACUGCCACUGAUAUGGUCAACUAUUGGCAGAAGGUGUUUGAGACAAAUGGGAUUCCUGAAGCACAAGAAUCCAGUCAAUACAUUGUGUCAUUUGUCCUGGGAGCAAAAACAUUUCAGAGCCUGGAUUCCAAAAGCCUCCACACUCCACUUACAGUGCUGCAGCAGGAGCAAAUCCAGCAGCUGAGCCACAAGCGGCUACAAAGGAUGCCAGUGCAGUACGUGCUUGGAGAGUGGGACUUCCAGGACCUGACCCUGAAGAUGAGACCCCCAGUAUUUAUUCCACGGCCUGAAACAGAGGAUCUUGUCUCUUUAGUUGUGGAGGAAGAAUUUCAGAAAUGUGGGAAUUCAGCCCUCUGUUUCCCAGUUCCUGUUCCUCAUCCUGUGAUCCUGGAAGUUGGCUGUGGCUCUGGAGCAAUUGCUCUGAGUCUGCUCCGUAAACUGCCACAGAGCAGAGUCAUAGCCAUGGAUAAAGAGGAGGCUGCUGUGGAUCUCACCAGGGAGAAUGCACAUAGGCUGCAGCUCCAAGAAAGGAUUCACAUCAUCCACCAAGAUGUUUCACACUGCUCUGCCAAACAGCUGCUGCUCUGGGGCCCCAUAGAUGUCAUAGUCAGUAACCCCCCAUAUAUUUUCCAUGAAGACAUGGCUUCUUUGGAUGCAGAAAUCCUCUGCUAUGAGGACCUUGAUGCCCUGGAUGGGGGAGAUGAUGGCAUGAAAGUCAUCAAAACAAUUCUGGCUUUGGCUUCUUCUCUUCUGAAGGUUUCUGGGAACGUGUUUCUGGAAGUGGAUCCCAGGCAUCCAAGUAUGGUGGAGCACUGGCUGCAGGUACACCCAGACCUGCUGCUCACCCUCCGUGCCAUUCACAAGGACUUUUGUGGCAAGCCUAGGUUUCUGCAUAUCCAGAAACAAAGCAGCUGACAACUGUGGCAGACAUAGCUCACCUUGCAGGAUGCUUUUUGCUCUUGAGCCCAGCUGAACAGCUUGUUGAAAACUCCUUCUGCCUUGUGAAAGGAAUCUCGUGUUGGACUGUCCAUGCAGUGACAGACCCCUCCCUUCCUGACUCACACCUCAUCCAGAGAUGGAGUUCAGCUGAGCAUGUGCAAGUGUUUCACCUUCUUCAGGGAACUGCAUGAAACAUUUUAGUCUGCUCUGCUAAAGUGACUCAAUCAUCUCAGGACAGAAGAGUUCACAGCUCCAGAUUAAAAAUACAACUUCUUAAUGUGCCAAAUCACCCAUUUGGCCUAGAAAGAAUUUAAUUAUAUUUUUUAAAUUGGCCUUGAGAUACAUUUAUAUAGAAUGUGACCAGAUGGGAUGAUAAACCCAAACCAUGGUUUAUGCUGGCACACAGAUUUGCAGGUAUAACAGGACAUAACUGCUGUGCACAUUUCAAAUGCAGUUGUGUUCCAGGAUCCUGAUGCUUUAAUAGCAAAUCACUCUUUGUUUCCCACUUCUGCUGAGUGAUUGUCCCGGAAGGAUCAGUGCACAUAUUGCAGCACCUGAAUUUACAGCCCUUGACACUUGGUGGAUGCUGCCAGAAACAGUCAAAGCAUUAUAAUAAAGACAGUCCUUCAGAUCAGGGUCCUUAAAAAAAUUUCACUGCGACUAUUCAGAGAUGCUGACAGGCCCCAGUGAACAUCUGGCACCCACACAUUGCUCUGAUAGUAAUAGAAAUGCCUAAAUUCCACAUGAGGCAUUUAAUUGCAACAGUACAGAAAAGGCCAGAGUCACUGCUCCAGUUUUGCAGAUGGAGAAGUUGAAAAGCAGGAGGUGAAAUGACCUGCAGAAAAUUUGACAAGCUGAGUUUGACAGCAUGCUCUUGACAGGCAUGGGAAUAGCUGAGGUCUGUCUCUUUGGGAAGGGUGACUCAGACUGGGGCAGCCUGAAACAGCACUGAGAGAAGUCCCUGAAGUGGACAGUCAACAUCAUGUCAGUGUAAAUAAUGGCAGGAUUAAAUUCAAGCUGCUGCUUGCUACUGCUGCUGUUUCCAGUGGUGCAGGUUCCUUUCUGGACCACAGCUAGCCAGGGAAGGAAGGAAAGCAAGCCAAGGAAAGGGUCUGCUCUACCAGUCCUGAUGGAAGCAGUUGCUGGGCAAGUGGAGGUGAGCACUCAGGAGGGGUGGGAGUGUCCAGACACUGAUGUGGGUGGGUGCCAGGAAGGAGCUGUCAGGCUCUGUGCAGGCUGACCUGGGGAUGCACAGCCAGAGGCAUCAGGCAGGACAUGCAGCAGCAAAAUGAGUCUGUUGCAAGGCUGUAACAGGUUCAGAGGGUGCUACGUGAGCACUGAUACAUCUGCUCCCUUUGCCUCUGCCUCUCCCACACUCUCACUCCUCAAAUGAGUCUUUCCUCCAUCCCCUUAACUCCUGAACAUCAGCCCUGCUUUUCCACAGACACCUGUGCUCUCUCUGAUGAACCAACACUUGUGUUCCAGCUGGAACCUUUCCCUACUCAGCUGUGUUCACACACUUGCCAUUCACCCAUUGUACAUCUCACCCUACAUUUAUCCACCCCUGUAGUUUACCAUGUCCUGUACACUCUUCUUGAGUUUGUGAGUCUUUCUCAGGCCUGCAAGUACCUGUCCUGCUUAAACACAGUAGAGAAAAUCUAGGGAAGGAAAGAACAAAAACAGGUAAAGUGCAUUUGAGCACAGGUUUGGAAAUAGCAUUUCAGUACAGCUGAUUUCUGGCCUUGUAGAGCCAUGAGUACAAAGUACAGUCAAAGGGAUGGCAUUUUGUGUGGUUGUGGAUUUUUCUUAAUAGUAAUUGAGGGAUAUUUUUUUCAGUUUGUGAAACUCUGUUUAAAAAUUGAAUUUAAAGAAAUGAGUUCUCAGAUUUCUUUUUGGGUGUUAGCAGUGUUUGUUUAUGAAACAGAGCAUUAUACACAGCCUGCUCUGCAGGAGGCCUUCAGAGCUCGAGAGUCCAUGGCUGAUGGGAAUGUUAGGCAGCAUCAUGCUGCAUUCUUGAGGGGGUGGUGGGCUAGUUCCCUGCAGAAGGCUGGGGUUAGGUGGCCCUCUAAGAGUGCCAGUGGCUGGACUGCAGAAGGCAGUGUGCUUUUUCUUGGAAGCAUCAGUGAAUCCCUUGUCCAAGCCCUGAGCAGGACAAAUCCCCUGCGAGACAGACUAUUGGUCUAAUCCAGUAGGACAAGUGUUAAAUUCCUAUAUUUAUCACUAAAACACUUACAUUUCUGUGUGUUUGCAUUGCAUAGUGGUGAUAUAUCUUGGAAAAAUCACAUGAUGCUGCUGAACUUUUCAUAAAAGGAGAAAUUGCUGUUCCUCCCAGGAGGCUGAUGUUCCUGCCGGACUCGUAUCCGAGGGAAUGUGCUGCUGCAGUACAGUGUGUUCCUCGGUGCUUUACACAAACUGGCCUGGGCUCCUCUUGGUACAGAAACAUGGCAAAGCUCUUUGGGGGUUUUAAGGAGCCUGGCUGGAGCCCUGGGCUGUGCCUGUGUUGCCUGGGGGCAGGAGGUCGAGUUGACAGUGGCAGAGCUCCAGGCAUGUGAGCUCUGCAGGGGCAGAGCUGCUCCCUAGAGCAGCAAAGGCUGAGGCCUCACUAGGCAUUCUGCAUAACCCAGUGUCUGACAUACAUUGAAUUUCCUGGGAAUUUCCUGGGUCUUGGGAACUCUGUCAGAAGGGUGAUUUGAUUCCUGAGGUGAUGCUAUCAGAGGGGCAUUGUUUGCUUUCAGGACCCUGAGGAGCAUGGCUGUGUUUGUGCUCACAUCUGUGCUUUGGGGGUUACUGGGUAUGUGGCAGCUGCUGGGGUGACGCUGCCCUUCCCCGAGGAGGAGCUGCUUUGGCAGAGCCCUGCAGGUGGAGCUGCGGUCCCAGUUUAGCUGUGUCCAUGCUGGAGACACUCCUGCCUCAGCCUUCCUGCCUUGGGCAAGGUGCAGGCCCAGGGAGGGGAGAACUGGGGUCAGCAAAGGGCUGCAGCUGCAGAUGGGGCUUUAACUCAAUUCUUGUGCUGGGAAAAUGGAACUUAAACAGUAGGCUCAUAUCAGGAGGCUGGAAGGGGACUCAGCUGUGACACAGGAGUGAGGUUGUACCUCCUGCUGGGAAUGGAGGCCCAAAGCUCCCCUUAGGGCUGGAGGUCAGAGAUAGAUCCCGUUCUUGUUCUGGUGUAAUGUCCGUGUGAGCACCCUGAAGUGCAAGCACUGACCAGGCUUUCAGUCUCACCUGAGACAGGGGGUGAAAGGGACUUUGUCUUAAAGAGACAGGUAUUUAUCCUCAGUGUUCUCUGCCGAGCCUGUGCUCUUUAGGGCUGAGACUGCUUUCCAUGGGAGGGGCUGACAGACACAGAGGGACUGCAUUAGGGUGACACAGGGAUCUCUGGGGUCCCACGUGACUCUGUGUGUGUGGAUUACUGGCCAGCACUCAGCUUCUUAAUGUAGGGCCAUAGAUCAAAAUGUCUUGGAAGAGAAUUUGACAGUCAUCUAGCCCAAUUUCCCCAUCCAAGUAAGCAUCAACUUGCCUUACAUCAUUACUGACAAAUGUUUGCCCAGCCUGACCCAGAGGCUCCCAUUGCUGGUAGGACUUUAGCAUGCAGUCUGUUCUGGUGCUUUGUGGUUCUACCUGCUAGAAAGUUUUCUUUUCUCAUGGCAGCUCUGCUGUGACUAAAGCUGAGCACUUCUGAGGUCUCCUGAGGUGGAGAACAAAUGUCCUCUCUCCUUAGAGCACCUUCCAUGUGGUAGUCUGUUCCCAUAUUUCCUCACAGUCUUCAUUUCUGGGACAAAAAUGGCUUGUUAGAGGUGAUACUUGUGUCUCUGGUGAGUGGGAUAAUAAAGCUGCUUGAACUCACCCUGUCACAGCAGUCAAGUGAGCACCAAGCCAAAACUUGCAUUAACCUUUUUUUUUUUCUUUUUGGAAAAGUUACCAAAACCUUUAUUUAAAUUUUAAUAAAAUACAAUCCUGAGGAACAAAUAAGGCUUCUUUCUCACACUGAAGAAGAUAAUGAGGUACCAAGAGAGGUUUAAUCCGGUUUCUAGGCUAGGUUUCCUCUUCCAUAGAUAUUUUGAGAUGCUUUGAGUUCAGUGUCAAAAGUUUCAGAUUUUCUGUGGAGGGUCAUGUCACAGUCCUUCUCUGUGUCUUUUCCUUGGUAACUGCUGGCAAAUCUCAAUAUGGUCUAUCCAGUCUCUGGUGAGCACAGGGGCACUUUUAUGAAAUUCUUCUCAUCUGCUUGGUGACAGGACUCAGCACCCUGCUGCAGUGUGACAAACCAGAUUGGCUUUGCUGCUUUCUAGUGCAAGCCCAGAGGAUGUGGGAGUGAGCAGAGCACCAGCAGUUUGCUUCUCUGCAGCGAGUGCCUCUGUGAGCACCAUGAGAGCAUGACAGGGGCUGCUGCAGAGGGUGGGAAGGUGCAUCCUGUGCACAGCAGCCAGUGCUGCUCUGACAGUGCACAAAUAUCAAAUGUGCUGUGCUCCAGCCAGGUGCAGAUAAGUGCUGCCACAUAUUGUGAUCUCUGUGGUUUGUCUCCUUGGUGUAGUUGAUGUCAGAACUGUAGCUGUGUUGAAGUGGCAACUUCUAGCUCUAGAGAUGUGCUUCAUCUGCUCUCUUCACCAGCACACCUGAAUGGUCACCCUUGAGUGUUUUGUGUGCUCAUCUCAGCAUUUUGGGCAGAGUGGGCAUCAAUGUGAUUUCAGUGGCAGCUGCCCUGUCAGCAUUACAGAGAUAGCCAUGAGCAAAGUUAUUCCAGGGUGGAAGGCCUUAGAACCACUGCAUGUGAGCAAACUGCUGCGUGGGGUGGAGGGGGCCUUGGCCCCAUUCGAUGUUUGCUCUGGGUUCAGAUUGCUUCAAAGGUCUACCUAAGUAGUUUGACACUUCAUCCUUUGUUUUGUGGCAGUUGGGAUAUUCUGAGAUCAUCCUGUCCAUGGCAGUGAUUCUUAGGUCCUGAGCUGAAAUUUGCAACGUGGCAAAGAAGAGUUUGCUGUCCAAAUAUCCAGUGGCAACAGAUGUGGUGAGAAACAGGCACAGCAAAAGAGCCAUGGCAGAGUCACAGCAAGACCUCAAAUGCUCUUAGUGGCAGUUCUGGCAAACCCAGCUGUAGCUGUACUUGUUCCUCCCUUUACUGGUGUUUUAAAUGGUGUCCAUCUGAGCUGAUCCUUGGAAGGAUGGUCCUCAAGAGCAGAAGGCAGUGAUUGUUAUUCCUUGAUGGAGAGUGUUACCAGAGAAAUGUUUGAUUUUCAGAGCCAUGGUGUUGGGAUGUGACAGGAGGGUAAUUUUCACAGUGUGUUACUGGCACAGCCAUUGCUAAAUGCUGCAGGACCUGGAGGCACAUGAACAGCAGGUUGUUUGGAGGGAGAGGUGAAGUAACCAUUACAUGACAAUCAUCUAGGGAAGAAAAGAUUCUUGGGAAAGGGUGUGUUAAAAUGAAGCUGAGGUUUUAGGAGGGAAGAGCUGUGCUGCCACAUUCCUGCUUUGCCACUCUGAAAUCAGAAGUGUGGGACUGAGUCUCUAUAGGGUGCAAGUUGUAUACAGGAGCCAAAAUGAGCAUUUCUAUCAAUGCCUGCACUUCUGCAGUGUGGAUGGAUUCCUGGUGGACCACGUUGAUCAAGAGCAGAGCACUCUCAGUGUGUCACAAAGAUGCCACUGGUCUGAGUUUAUAUAAACACAGUUUCUAUAAACUUUGCCUGGUUGGAUGUGAGUAUAGGGGAGGCAGAACUCAGCUUCUUGAGGCAUGUCCUCAGCAGCUGGAGAUUUUUGAUUCCCACUUUAUGUCAGCUGCUGCCUAUAGUUCUAGCUCCCCACCUGCUGCUUCUUCCUUUCUUGGUGGUCAGCUUGACUCCCAUGUUUUGUGCAUACACAGCAGCAUGCUCACAGUGGAUGUGUCCCUCAGCUUGGUAGCACAGUGCCUGUGACCAUGGAGUCCUUCCCUUGGCAGCUAGUGCUGCUGGGAGAGUGGCUUCUGCCUUCCUCUCUGUUCUUACUGGAAUACUCAUGUGAGACUGUCUGGAAUGUGAGCACAGUUGCUUGGGUUGUUGGAAAAGGCUUGAAUUAUUAUAAAAUUCCUGGCCUGGCAUUGGGCUGAUGAUUAAUUACUUAGAUUUGCGUAGUGCUUUGAUGUUCCAGAUAUAAACCCAGAGCAAGCUGUUAAAACUGUGUUGACCUCAGUGGAGUCAUCCUGUCAUUCCAGUUGGCACACCUGGUGCUGUGUGGUAUUUGUAUUCUGUGAAACCAGCAUCCAGUCAUUGAUUUAAGUCUUUCCAGGGACUGGAGGCUGUUAAGCUGUUAAUCUUUUUUCCUCUCCUGUAUUGAUUGCUGUGCCACUUACCAGCAGUGACCUUCUCACCAUACCUUUUGACUUGGAGCUUGCUGCCCCUCUGGAAUCCUUCUGUGAGCCUUUGCAGUUUGUGGUGUUUGUAUUGCCACAGUGCUUAGAAACUCCUCACAGGUUGCUCCAUUUCGAAGUUUUCCCUUCCCUACUCCUCCGCCAGUAUCUUGUUGUGUAACUCUCCCCCAGCUAAUGUUGUUGGCUUGCAUAGAUAAACUUCUUGAUGUUAGAUAAUUUGGAGUAACCUUGUGACAGAAAAAUCCCCCUCUAAAAUGCAGUUGGGUCUUGCAUUGUCCUUCAGUGAUUUGGCAGCUGGUGGGGUUUGCUGGGUAGAGUCCUGGUGCUGGCAUGUGCUCUCCCUGCUUGAGAAGAGCAGAUUGAGCUCAUACUUCAUUUAAACAAGACUACUUCAUUUAAUGUGGAUGGCAGCAGGCACUCAGGCUGAAAGUAGAUUUUGUGCUUCCAGAUCAGUGGGUUUUUUGUCUUGUUUGUGUCAGCUGAUAGGAGCCCUUUGUUCAGAAGUUCAACUUUUUCCACCUCAGCAGCGCACACACACGUGAUGCAAGUCCUGAGUUGUGCAAUAAACUCCAGCAAAUAUAUUGUCUGUUCCACUUCAGGGCUUGAUUGUGUGUCCUAUUGACCAGCAAUAAAGCCAAUAUUAUGGAGGUAGUUACUUAA